CAUCGUCUGUAUGCCGCCAUUUGCAGAGAACAAGAGAGAAAUGGCAAACUAAUCAUAAGUCGAUCUUUUCUCCAUCUCUUCAUCGAGACGUUGAAGUCUUGGUGUCUUCAUAACAACAAUGUCUUCUAGAAGUGGAUCUUCCAGAAGAAAACCUGCACAGGUCAGUCGUGCAGUAUUUGAAAACUCCUCGGAUGAGGAUGAUGCUGGGAAUGGUAAAAAAGAAAACGGGGACUCCCAGUCAGAAGAGGAUAUUCUAGAGGAACUGCCAGAAGGUACAGUGGUUGUCAAUCCGGAACCAGUUGAGGAGAAAAACCCAACCUUCAAGGGACCUGAAUUUGUGUCAGGAAAACGAAAAAGCACAGGUAUCGUUGAUGCCAGUGGCUUAAUGGCCCGUGUGACCUGUACGGCCUGCCACAAACAAAUCAACACAAACAAGAAAGGGUCUGCUCGACGACAUCCUCUCCUCAAAGUCCUCAUCUGUAAGCGCUGUCGUACCUAUUACGAUAGUGGCCCAAUACAGAAGGACAAGGAUGGUCUGGAUGAGCAGUGUCGGUGGUGUGGAGAAGGAGGACGUCUGUUUGGAUGUGACUUCUGUCACAAUGCCUUCUGUAGGUCCUGCAUCAUACACAACCUAGGGAGAUCAGAACUAAUGCGUGUUCAGAACGAUGACAAGUGGAAGUGUUAUGUGUGCAAUUCUAAGGCACUUAGACCACAGCGGCAUGAGUGUGAGGCAGUGCUUGAGCAAAUUAAGAAGGAGGACCAGAAAGCAAAAAACGCCUUGGAACGAGAAAAAGAAAGAGAGAAAAAUAAAGAUAAGAAGGAUAUCCCUUCCAGUAAAAACACUCCUUCUUCAAAGUCUAGUGACACAGCAAAAAACACUCCUUCUUCAAAAUCUAGUGACACAGUUAAAAAUCCUCCAUCUUCAAAAUCUAGUGACACUAAACAGUCUAUUGUGAAAUCCACAGGUGGAAAAAUAGCCCCUGGUAUUAACCCCAAGGUUGAAGUAGUAGUGGUUGGACCAAAAGUACCCAUUGCAAUUCAGCCCAAACCAAUGCCCAAGAACAUGCCAUCCCAACAAAAGCCACUUGGGCCUGCACAACAACAGCUCAAAAACCUUUUGUGUAUGCCCUCUGUUCCGCAACAGAAUGCGCUUCAACAAGCACCUGUACACAGAAUGAUGAAACAGCAGCUGCCAAUGUCAAAUCCAGUGAUGGGUAGAGUGGGGUUUGUAUCUAGUCUUGAUCCAGUAUUGAUUACUCUUCCCAUGUUGAUUGAAGAAUUCAAAAAGAACAUAACACCAACAACAAUUCCACAAGUUCUAGCUAAGCUGAUGAGUAUUACAAACUCUCUAACUUUGUUGAUGUCAUCGAUUAAAAUGAACAUCAUGGACAAUCAUAUAAGUUCGCCACGAUUUGAAUCUGUUAAUGCCAUGAGCUUGCAGAGUCGAAAAACAGCAGUCGACUGUUUAGUCAGUGGGUUGGAGCUCUUUCUUCAAGAACUGCAAAUCACAACAGUAGGCGAGUAUGUACCGCCACCCCAAGAGAAGAGUGACUUUAAGGGGGCUAAUGGUUCUGCUGCAGAUGUGUCAACUUCAAACAAUUCUGGCAAUGCAAAUGACUCAGAACCAGAGGUGGUAGAGAUAGAGUCUCCUACCAAACCGAUGCCCGACAUCAACGAUCAGAUUAUAGUAGAAUCUGAUUCAGAGGAAGAGGUAGUACCGGUUAAUAUGGAUGUUUCUCAGAAGGUUGAUGUAACAAAAGAAAAUGAUGAGAAAAAAUCUGAAACUGACAAGGAAAUGGAAGAAAAACCGACAGAGGACAAAUCAUCCGAUGAUGAGGGCAUGGAAGUAGAGGAUACAACAUCUAAAGAUGAAGAGGAUAGAACAUCUAAAGAUGACAAGGACACAACUGCUAAAGCUGACAAGGACACAACUGCUAAAGCUGACGAGGACACAACUUCUAAAGAUGAAGUUAAAGAAAAAUUGGACAAAAAGUCCAAAGAGAAAAGUCCCAAGAAACAGUUGAAUACAGGAACAGAAAGUCCCAAGAAACCUAAGAAAUCUAGUGAUGAAAAAGAGGGAAAUGAUAAUGUUGACUCUGAAAAUACAGAGGCUCAGUUAGAACUGUUGAAAGAGCUAGCAGAUGAGUUAAUAAAGAAUGGCAAGAAAACGGAUUCUGAAUCUGAUGAAGAAAAUACAGAGUGUGAGGAUGAAGAUGAUACCAGCAAUUGUCAAAAUAAAGAGCAAAGUGAUGAAGACAAAACGGAAAAUGUUGUUGAGGAAAAAGAAAAGAAUGACGAUAGGAAAUCUGAAAGUAGUAAGGUUAAAAAGGGUAGGGACAACAAAAAGAAAAAUGUUAAAGAUGAUGAAAAAGAUAAACAGAAAAGUGAAAACGAGGAAGAGGACAAUCAAAAUAAACCUGUGUCCAGUGCAAGCAGUAAUGAUGAAAGUGAUUCAGACAGUGAGAAUAGUGAUGAAUCUGGACCUGCUGCUAGGAGACGAUUAAGGAAGAGGAAGGCCAAGAAAGAAGAUGAAAAAUCAGAAAAGAAAGGCAAAGGGAGUUUGAAAAUACGUCUGCGACUACCUACCAGGAGUAAAUCACAACAAAAAGAAGAAAAGAAAGGUGAGAGGAGAAGCAGUCGUUCAAAGACGGCAGAGGAGUCCCAGGAUUCUGAUGAUAAAGAUAGUAGAUCUAAAGGCAAGGACAAGAAAAAGGGUGUGGAAUCAGAGUCUGAUAAUUUUGACUCUGACUUGGAGGACGAAAUAGAUAAGUUAGCAAAAGAUCCAAAAGUACAGAAAAAGAAAAAGAAAUCCGAGAAAGAAGAAGAGGAAGAAGUAAAACCAAAGAAAGGGAACAAGAAAGGAAUUAAAGAAGAAGAAAAUAAGAAAUCUAAAGGCAAGGAGGAGGAGAAGGGGGACAGUGACAGCAGUGAAGGUACAGAUAACUAUGAUCCUGGGGAGGCUGCAGAAGAGGAGGAGGAAGAGGAGGAACCCAUGGACACUGUGGAUCCUCCCCCAGACCUCUCAGAUAAGGGGAAUUCUUCUACAGAAGUGGAGGGUAGUGAUGAAGACAGUGAUGACAGUAGUGAUUCUGAAGUGAUCAUUAACAGUCCGAAGAAGAAAAAAGGUGGAAAAACUGGGUCUAAGAAAACUAAGAAAUCAGAGUCUUCUGACUCUGAUGCACCCAAAAAAAAGAAACCACUGCGCACAAAACUGCUAGAUGCAAAAUUGUCGGAGUCUGAUGAUUCUGAUUUCCAGGUAUCGAAGAAAGGAAAAGGUAAGAAAAGAAAAGCAAAGACAGAUUCAUCGGAGGAGGAUGAGUCGACUGAGGAGGACAGUGAUGCCAAGAAGAAAGGACGUGGUAAAAGGUCUGCUGUUUCCAAACAGAAGGAAAAGGGCAAAAAGGGGAAACAAAAGAGACGACGUAUAAAGAUAGCAUCAGAGUCCUCUGAUGAGAAGAUGAGCACAGAAGGAGAAGAAGAAAUGAAAAAGGAGAAAAAGAAAAAGAAGAAAAAGAAAAAAGGAUCUAGUUCGGAAGAAGACGGAUCGGAUGAUGAUGAAGAUGAAGAUGGGGAGGGAUCACCAUCCAAGGGCAGAAAAAAGAUCCGUAAGAUCAAAUCCGACAAGAAAUUGACUGAUUCAACACGCAAAGCUGUCAAGGCUGAGCAGGAACGCCGAAAGAGAAUUACAGAGAAGCAAAAGGAGUUCAAUAACGUUGUGGUGGAAGACGACCCUUCAUCACCCACCAAAUGCCCUAUCACAAAACAGCUGGUCCUUGAGUAUGACAAAGAGACCAAGGAACCGUUGAUAGAGGUUGAUAAAAGGCUGAUCACCAAACUGAAGCCCCAUCAAGUUGAAGCUGCACAGUUCAUGUGGGACUGCACCAUUGAGUCUGUGGAACGUACGAAAAAAGAGAAGGGAGCAGGCUGUAUCCUAGCUCAUUGUAUGGGCCUGGGCAAGACUUUAUCUGUGAUAACAUUUCUACACACUGUGAUGAAUCACUCGGAUUUGACGGGAAUCAAAAAGGCUCUGGUGGUGGGCCCUCUCAAUACAGUUCUCAACUGGCAAAAUGAGUUUGAAACCUGGCUUAGUGGUGAGAUGGGAGAGGAAUUUUAUGAGGUUUUUGAGAUCUCCAGUGUGAAACAGAAUGUCGCGAGAGCUGACGUGUUGAAACACUGGCACAAGAAUGGAGGAGUGAUGAUAAUUGGUUACGAGAUGUUCCGCAACCUUACACAGGGCAAUCACUGUCGCAGCAAAAAGCUGAAACAAAUAUUUAGGGAGACAUUGGUGGAUCCAGGUCCCGAUAUCUGUGUGUGCGAUGAAGGGCACAUUCUCAAGAACGAUGCCUCUGCCAUUUCCAAGGCUAUGAACCAGAUUGUAACAUUGAAGCGGAUAGUCCUUACCGGAACUCCUCUCCAGAACAAUCUAGUUGAAUAUCACUGCAUGGUAAAUUUUGUGAAGCCAAACCUUUUGGGGACAAGAAAGGAGUUCUGUAAUAGAUUUGUCAAUCCCAUCGUCAAUGGACAGUGCACAGACUCGUCAUCUCAUGAUGUACGCCUCAUGAAACGUCGUGCACACAUAAUCCAUGAAAAACUGGCUGGAUGUGUCCAGAGGAAGGACUACUCGGCCCUCACCAAAUUCCUGUCACCGAAGUAUGAGUAUGUGAUUUCUGUGCGGCUGUCUAAGGUCCAGAUAGAGUUGUACCAGAAGUACCUUGACAAAACUGGCAGUGCUAACAAUGUUAUGGGCAAGGGAGCGAAGCUGUUUUCUGACUACCAGGCUUUAAUGAGGAUCUGGACUCACCCCUGGGUCCUCAAGAUGGAUGAAGUACGCCAGGAAAAAAAGGCCAAAUGGGACGACGAGGACUCCUUCGUUGAUGAUGAUGGCAGUAUGAGCGAGGAUGAAUCGGUAUCUGAACCUAGCAAGUGUAGCAGCAGCGAAAGUGAUGUGGUUGCCAUCAGUGACAAUAGCAGCGAUGAGGACGAUAAACCAAGAAAGUCAAGGGGCAACAGGGAAGCAGGCAGCUCAAAAGACUCAGAUGAAGUUGUUGUCAACUCCAAGGGAGAGGUUGUGAAGAAAUGGACAACAAGGUCAAGAGGAGGUGAAGGCACCGAGUGGGAAGGCAUCAUCAAGGCAGCUGAGGAAGAACAGGAGGAGGAACGUCCUCUCACCACGGACUGGUGGGCCGAUUAUGUCACAGAGGAGGACGCAACAAGGAUAGAGCUCAGUGGCAAACUGUCACUGCUGUUUGAAAUCCUUCGUAUGUCUGAGGAGAUUGGUGACAAGGUGUUGGUAUUCAGCCAGAGUUUGUUGUCAUUGGAUCUGAUCGAGGAUUUCUUGGAAAAUAUCGACAAGAAACACCAAGAGGAAAUUGAGGAAAAAGAGAAGAAGAGAAAAGAAAAGGAAGAGGAAGAAAACAAGAAUAAAGAGGGUAAAGAAGAGGGUAAUGAGGAUGAGAAAAAAGAGGGUAAUGAGGAUGAGAAAAAAGACAAAGAAGACAAGGAGGAAGAGAAGAAAGAUGAAAAGGAUAAGAAAGAAAAAGAUGAAGAGGCUACACCAGAUGAGAAUGUGUUUGGUAAACAAUGGACGAAAGGCGCUGACUAUUUACGUAUGGAUGGAUCAACGAGUGCCCAACACAGAAAAGCCCUAGCAGAAUCCUUCAAUAACCCCGAAAACUACCGGGCGAGGUUGUUCAUUAUUUCCACAAAGGCUGGUGGUCUGGGAAUCAAUCUUGUCGCAGCUAACAGGGUCAUCAUAUUUGAUGCUUCAUGGAAUCCGUCAAAUGAUGUGCAGUCUGUGUUCCGGGUGUACAGAUUUGGACAGAACAAGCCUGUAUAUAUAUACCGAUUCCUAGCACAGGGCACCAUGGAGGAGAAGAUUUAUGAACGACAAGUAACAAAGCAGUCAUUGUCUCAGCGUGUAGUAGAUGAACACCAAAUAGAGCGUCACUUCACCUCCCACGACCUCCAGGUCCUAUACACCUUCAAACCUGACAGAUUAGACGAUCCCAACAGGGAAGAGAAGCCAACACCAGAAUUGCCGAAGGACCACAUGCUUGCUGAGAUGCUCCAGAGCCACAAGGAAUGGAUUUGUUGUUACCAUAAGCACGAUUCGCUGCUGGAAAACCAGAUAAGUGAGGAGCUGACUGAGGAGGAGAGGCAGGCGGCUUGGAAAGAGUUUGAGGAGGAGAAGCAAGGCAUCGCAAAUAAUGUCCGCCAGCAGAUCAUGGGUAUGAACAACUUCCAAGGAAUGGCUGGGGCAAUGGGCCCUAACAUUAACAUGAAUAUGCUGAUGCAGCAAGGCGGCCUAAGGCUCCCAGCAAUGGGUGGUAUGCCUGGCUCCAACAUGCCAUUCAACCAGCAGAACCUGCUGCAGUUGGUCCAGGAUAUGAAGACCAGGUUCCCAAACCUGCCUGAGGACCAGCUGACGGCCAGAGUACAGGGCGUUAUACGUCACAUCAUCACAAGUCAGUACAUGCAGCAGCAGGAAAUGCAGAAACGACAGCUGGAACAACGUGAAAUGCAGCACCAGCAGCAGCUUCAUCAGAUCCAGGCCCAGAUCCAGCGCCAGCAGCAGCAGCUGAACGCACACCAGAGGAUGGGGAGUAACUUUGAUCAACAGCCCAACAACAGGAGAUAAUCCUUGUGGACAUAGGCUACAGAUAUUGUGCUCUUUACGCAAAUUCUGCUGUGGAUUGGACACUGAGGAUGCGGGUUACCACAGCAUGAUGAUCUUACAGUAGUAUAUAUUAUAAAACCAAAAUGAAGAAGCACAGCCGAUUGACAGAAGGAAUGAUGUUCUCAAUAUCUUUUUCUGAGCGUGUUAGUCUGCUUAGCUUAAUAACACCUUACUGAAGGGUUGUGGAUAAUUUAUUAUUGUUCAAGAUUCUUUUGAGCAUUCGAGUUUGAAAAUAAACGUUAUAGAUGAUAUUUUUGUAUCGGUAAAGUAUAAACCUUGGCAAGAUGUUGUUGAGCAGAACUGGACCCAUGUAUUGGGUUUGACCAGUUGUGACAUUGUCAUAUGUAAAAAAAUCUUUGUUCUAGUCUGUAUAAAUACCACCAGGAAAAAAAUGGAUGCUUUAAAUUAAUGUGAUUUUUUUUUUUUUUAAAUUGAACUAAUAAAACUUGUGUGAUCAUGAACAUAAAGCAUUUAGAAAAAGGGACAUAACUCAACACUCAACUGUCUAGCAAGGCAAUCUAAAUUUUGAGUAUAGUUUGUUGUUAUUGUUAGAUUUAAAUUGGUCUUAGCAUGAUUAAAAUUGACAAAUUUAUUUGAAUAUUGAAGGAUAUUAAUUAGAGGCAUUUGUAAUAAUGUUUAUGUCAACUUUCAAUUUUGCAUAUUUUACAAAGCACUCUUUAUGUAUUUUACAAAGCACUCGUUAUGUAUUCAUUGUUGAAAUGGUAAAUGAUUAUAGUCCUACACUAUCGGGGUUUGUAUACAAUUUCUUGGGGGAAAAAAUGGAAACUGAAUAGAAAAAGUAUGUAAAUUUUAAUGACUGGUCCUAAAAAGUCCUAGAAUGAAAUUUUAAUUUUCAUGCCAUAGUUCUAAUUUUGACAGACUACAGAAUUGAUUGAUGAAUUUGAUAGAAUCCUCUUAGCUUUGUCAAACUCUUGGUGUCUGCAUUUAAACAUCUCUGAAAGUUUCCCAUUGUGCAUUGAUAUUUGCUCAUAUUGCAAUAUUCUGAUUAUUCAAAGAAAUAAUAAUAAUAAUGAUCUGUAUGUUUGUAUUUGAAGCUCCUUGAAGUUUUAAGUCCUUUGAAAUAGUCAAAAUCUUGUACAAACCCUGAAUACCCGACAUCAGUGGGAACACCAGGCUAUAUUUCAGUGUGCCUGAUUUUUGUUGGAACACAGAGUUAUAAUUAGUAUGGUGUAUCUGACAUUUUCAGGAGCACAGGAUGAACAUCUGUUACACAUGACUUUUUCAGGAGAACAAGAUUAUAAUCUGAUGCUCCUGACCUGUUUAGGAUGUGGUUUAAUUGUACAUUGAUUCUACCUUAUUUAUGAUGCUGUUUAUGUAAUUGGGAACAGUUGAGUCCAUUCAGAUUGUAAAAAUAUACAUUGUGCACACUAUUUAUGUCCUCAGCUUUUCACUUUUGACUGUGAUCAGAUAGAAUGAAAGGAUAUGCGUGUGGUUAAGUCUUGCAUGGGAUGAUGGGUAGGUCAGCUCUUGGUUGGUAUUCAUGUUUUCUGUGCGAGGAUUGACAAGUCAUUAAAGUAGAGCCAAUGUUGUAAUGUUAAGGUAUUUUACAUCAUUUAUCGUGUGUGUUGGUGCUUUUGUUUUUCUAGUGCUUCUAAGGUCACUAAAACCUUUGGUAGCUUGAGAUUUGAUGUAGAAAAACAUGAGUUUGCGGUGAUGUGAGAAUCUGGUCUUAUUCAAAUUAAUUGAUUUUUGUUUUGUUUCAAUUAGUAACAUGGUUUCAGUACUGUUACCAGAGUAACACAGAUAUUACCUGUAAGACCUGGACAGUCUUGCAGGUUAAAAGUAAUCAGGCCAAAAUAUAGGGCUGUUCCAAAUAUGAAUGUAAGGGAGGGAUGGGAGGCACUCUUUUUCAGAGACCCUAUUACCUAUCAAAUAUUAAAAGUGAUUUGAUGUAAGAAAUUGUAGGCAAAUCUGGUUUUAACCCCACCAUCCACAAUAUAUUAAUACAGGUGCCUCCCACCUCCCCAAUACAAUGAACCCACUUGCCCCUAAAGUCACAUUUGAACCUUACCAAAUCAAAGACUGGGCAAGUCCAGUGUAAAAAUGUAUGGGUGAUUGAAUUAUUUAUGGAAUAGCCUCUUACAACUAAAUAAUUCCUAUUGAAUCUCCACUAAAGAGCUAUUACAGGUAUAUACUCCAUUUGUUAGAGAAAUACAUCAUCACAAUGUUCAGUUUUUUUGUUUAAAAUAAUGCCAUUAUGAUUUGUACAACAAACGGGAAGUUAAUGUGGUUUUCAUUAGGAUGACUACAGGGAAGUUUAUGUAAACUCGUUUUAUAAACAGCAUUCCUUAAAUUUUGUGUAAGUAAUGAUUAUUAAUAUUUAAUGGAUAUUUCUAGUAGCUAUGGCAUUUUUUUCUGCUGAUCACUUCCAAUAAAACAGUUUUCAUGAUAGAUCAACAUUAUACUUCUAGUGAAAGAUGUGCAAUGAAAUAUGGAAUUAAACUUCAAAAGAAGGUAUUAUUUUAGUCAUUUUAGAAGAAUGCAUUUGAUCAGUUUUUGUUCUCAUCAAUUUUAUGAAUAUUAUUUUGGACAUUAACAUGAUUUUAAACCAAUUUACCUGAAAAUGUACAUUUUAGGCUUAUUUUGGACAACAAUGAUUAAAACUUGUUUUAAAUCAAUUUUUCGUUUACAUCUGUUUGCGCAUGUACAUUGUAUUUAUAUGCUUUGAUAUGUAUAGUCCACAAAUAAAUUGGUAUUUAAAA